CUGAGCCGUGGGGUGCAGAAGGCUGGUUUGUUGUGCCUGAGAAGUGAGGUUCGCUCCUUGCUUAUAGCCUUGACUACAUCUGCGUUUCCACUUCUGGUAUUCCUACUCUUCCUGUGUGAUCACUCUUCCUACUUCAUUCAUUCUUUUCACGGGUCCCCUUUUAUGGUCAUUCCCGUAGCUCCCAACAUUCCAACAAAAUACCCACAAUGCCGAGCAUGGCCCGAUUCGGUCGGGCCAAGAAAACGCCAAAAGCAGUAGCCAACAAUGCUAACUCGGACAUGCUUGUAUCACCUACGUCAGAUCCUCCGCGACGGUCCCCUCGUGUCAGCCUACCACAUGUGGAAACGCAACUGAAUAUGCAUCAAUAUAGCGGUCUUUUUGAUCUGGACUCCUCGGAACGUCUGAAGGCCGUGGAAUCUUCUGCAGAGUCGAUUAACUCGCAUUCCUCGAACACCCGAACAAAUGGUUCGACCCUUACGAACAGUGACUCAAUGGCAACUGAGUGGUCUUCGGCAGUCGGUCACGCAGCCACGGGCAAGUCCGGUCGUGUCAUACAUAAUCUACAGGAGGAUAUUGCCCGCUUGACGCGAGAGUGCAGUGUCUAUCGUUCCCGGGCCGAAGAAACGCAGCGGAUGAACGAUGCUUUUAAGACACAGGUACAGAACAUGACGGAACGUCUCCGGAACCUGGAGCAGGCACACGAGACGAACCUACAUUCGAUCUCUCGCAAGGACAAGAAAAUCGAGGAGUUACGCGCAGAGGUGCAGAGCGAAAAGGAUAGACGACUGCGGGCAGAGACGGAGACGAACAAAUUUCAUCAACUGAUGGAUGAAAGUCGUGAUGAUUUCAAUCGGAAAUGUGCGGAGUUGCAGGAGAUCGCAAACCAUGCCCGGACCCAGUAUGACGUGCUCGCUAAAGCUGGACAACGUGAGCGAGCAGAUCAACAGAGGAGGGUGAAGGCGAUUCGCGAUGAGAUCGAUGCUCUAAAAACACGGCAAGAAGAAAAGAGACUGCACCUUGAGCGCUUGGAUGCUGUUAUGGCCCAGAAAAAUCGUGAGAUUGAGAUUGGCCGAGAAAAUUUUGACAAGCUUUUUGAGGUGUACGAGUCUUAUAAAAAAGCCCAUGAUGAAGAAGUCCACGCACUCGUUGAAAGGGGCCGCCAGGGAAAUGCCGACUUGGACGCAGCUUUGGCUUCUCUGAAGGAAACUGAAGAUCGAAUGAAAUGGGCAAUUCAGGUCAAGAACGAGGUCAAAGGUGCCAAUUAAAGGUGGACCUAUAAGGCUCGUGGCGCACCCACGGUGACCUUUUCUUUCCUUCAACAGGCAGCUAGCGCUGGUCGUGAAAGCCUAGGUGGAUUGGCAGUUUUCUUUCUAUAUCCUGAGAACUCUCCUAUCACAACCUGUCUACCUCCUUAAUUGACUAGGGGGUUCUCGAACUUUGGGCGUACGCCCCGGGUUGCUCUUUUCUAUGACUUGUCUAUAUCUCCCCCUUUACUUCUGUGAAAGCAUCUCGUUCUACUUCCCGGCUAAUCUGCCCGGGCUCAAUCGCUGUUAUUUGGAGUUUGGGAUUGUUUGAUACCCUGGGGGAAAUCCACUGCCAUAUCACCCGCUUGUUAGAUCACAUUUACAGUACAGUGAUGGCCACAAUGCCGACUCUGAUAGAUAUAUUAUCAACAUGCACAUACAUGAAUCCAGAUAAAGUGAUGAAAUUGUGAAUUCACACAUUGGACAGACACGUGAUGUCCUUUGUAUUCAGCUCUCUCCGGUCAAGGUUCC